UGUGAAUGUUAUCUUAGGGCCCCGUCGUCCCGAUGCGCCUUCGCUCUCCUCGUCUUCUCGCGGUGCUUUUCGCGCGUCUCGCCGCGCUUCCGUCGAAUGUGGGCCGCGCGCGAUUUUAAGGGCCGGCCCGGGUGGUCGUCGCGCCGCGGCAUGGUCGGGUGGUCGACGGGCCAGCCGUGCUUCGAGGGCGGGUUGAGGCCCUUGGUCAUCGAGACGCCGCGCAUGCGCUCGCCCUUCGCUCGUCUCACGCCCGGCGUGCGUCGUAUCCUCAACCAGUCCCGUUUCUCGUCGUCGGCCAGGGCCGUGGUCAUGAUUAUGAAGAUGCGUACGAGGCGCAUGGCUGCCUUGUGUUGGGGGCAGCCCCAGAGUCCUUGGUCGGCUUGGCUGAGCGGUACUGGGCGCAGCGCUUUGCAAAUGCUGUCGGCUUCGAAACGCGCGAGCUCUAGGGGCCCGGGGCUCUCAGGCGAUUGAUGCUGGGCAGCGCUCGGGUGUUUUUUGGGCCGCGAAACC